ACGACCUUAAAACUCUGAAAAGUCGCGUCUCAGACGUUUCAUAGACUUCCCUUUGAAUUCUCAGCACAGAGAGAGAGAGAGAGAGAGAGAGGGAGGAUGGCAGUUGGGAUUUUGGAGGUGUUGCUGGUGAAUGCAAAAGGCCUUGGAAACACUGAUUUCUUUGGUAAGGUGGAUCCCUACGUUUUGGUUCAAUACAAGACCCAAGAACGCAAAAGCAGCGUCGCCAGAGGGCAGGGAAGUAAUCCGUCAUGGGGAGAGAAGUUCACGUUCCGGGUGGAGUAUCCAGGACCAGGUGACCAUCAUCAGUUCAAGCUCAACCUCAAGAUCAUGGACAAAGACACCUUCUCCGCUGAUGACUACAUUGGAAGCGCGACCAUAUUUCUGGAGGACUUGCUGGCACUAGGAGUGGAGAACGGGAUCGCCGAGCUGCAUCCGAGCAAGUACCGGGUGGUCCGGAUGGACCAGUCCUACUGCGGAGAGAUCCAAGUUGGCCUAACAUUCAAUUUAAGGGAGGAGCCGAAGAUCAAUGAAGAGUACGGAGGAUGGAGGCAAAGCGAGUAUUAGUCGACAGCGAUGUCCAUGUGUGAUCUUUUUCCUUUUCUUCUGUUGUUUUGUUUAUGAACGUGCGGAUCAUGAGCUGCAGCUUUUCAGGACUUGAAAUGGAGCCCCUACUUUUUUAUACUUCUGCCCAGAA